UUGACACUUUCGUAGUUAGAUUUCAACGGACGGAAUACAGUUCAAGAUUAUUGUAAGAGUUUGGCGUCCAGUAACUGUUAUAUUUCGCGGGGAGUAGGAGGAGAUGGCGGCCGUCCUGCUCCAAGCUUUGGAGCGAACGGAGCUGAACAAACUCCCGAAGGGCGUCCAGAACAAGCUGGAGAAGUUUGUAACGGAGCUGCUGAAUGCUAACGAGGCGCUCAAGACGCAGCAUGAGCGGUUCAAAGCGGACAGCGAGCAGCAGUACUUUGACAUUGAGAAAAGACUGGCGGAGAGUCAGGAACAGAUCCUGUCGGCCACCAGAGACCUGCAGGCCCUCAAGGAGGAAAAUAAAAAACUCAAUGAAGAGCUGAGCGCUCUGAAGGGAAUAGAGGGAGAGACCAUUGAAGACAAGCCACAGCAGGAGCAGCAACAAACCAAGACCAAGUAUGAGAUUGAAGCGGAGAAGAGAGAGCUGGUGAGGCUGCUGGAGAAAAGAUCACAGGAAGUGGAAAAUCUCACAGAUGAUGUGAAGCGUCUGAACGAGAAGCUGACUGACGCUAACAAAGUGAAGAUGGAGCUGCAGCUGAAACUGGAUGAGAUUCAGUCGUCUGCAGCUUCUGUUCAGCACCGGGAGAAACGCAUGGAGCAGGAGAAGGAGCUGCUGGAGAAGAAGAUCGAGUGGUUGACUGCAGAACUGAAGACCAAGACUGAAGAACUGCUCCACACCAACAGAGAGAAGGGCAAAGAGAUAGUGGAGCUUCAGGGGAGUCUGAAGAGCAGCAAGGAGCAGGUGAACAGGCUGGAAAGUCAGCUCAGCUCUCUGAAGCAAACCAGUGAAAGUCAGAAUAAAAGAGCCGAAGACCUCAACAACAAACUGAAGCAGGCUAAAGACGAGCAAAGCGCCAUGGAGGAGAAAUACCGCAACGAGCUCAACGCUCAUACCAAGCUGUCUUCACUCUACAAGGGGGCAGCGACAGACAUGGAGACCAAGAACCAAGAACUGAGCAGAGCAGUGGAGGAACUGGGCAAGCUGGUGAAAGAGUCUGGAGAAGCCAAUAAGACUCUGCAGAAGAAGGUGUCUGAGGGCGAAGAGUUGAAGACACGACUUGAGGCAGAGCUGAGAGAAAAGAUCAAGAAAAUGGAGAAGGAGCUGGAAAACGCUACAAUGAAGGCUUCUGGCAAACACUGCUGUGCACCUUCUCUGACUGAGGAACAGCUGGACUCCAUGUGUCCAUCAGCUGCUGCCAUCGCUGCCAUUGUCAAGCCUGGCAUGAAGUUCUUUGAUCUGUACAACGCGUACGCUGAGUGUCAGACGCAGCUUCAGCUGGAGAAGCAGGAGACCAGGAGAGUGAGUCGAGUGCUGGAUGAGAUCGUCCAGGAGGUGGAGUCCAAAGCUCCCGUCCUCAGACGCCAGAGAGAAGAAUACGAGAGCAUGCAGAGGUCCAUGGCCUCGCUGUGCAACAAACUGGAACAGGCCCGAACCGAAAUCUACAGUUUGCAGAAGGACAAAGAAGAGGCAAAGCAGCACUGUGAUGCCCAGGAGAGAGAAAAGCUGAGGACUGAGAGACUGUUGGAGGACACGUCUGCACAGGUUUGUUCUCUUCUGGCUGAGCUGGAGGAAGCCCGAGGAAACCAGGUGACCAAAGACGACGGCAGCUCCGCCGACAUUUCCAGCACUUCUGAGGUGACCAGCCGUCGCCAGCUGUCCUUCCGCAGCGUGGAGGAGCUGCAGAGGCAGAACCAAAGUCUGCUGGGGAGACUGAGGGAGCUGGAGGAGGAAAACGACAGACAGCAGAGCCAAGUGACAUCUGCACGUAUCACAGAGUUGGAGUCCAGUGUUGGUAAACUUCAGAAUGAGCUGGAGCAGCUGAAGGAGCAGAGGAACCAGCAGAAACAGCUGGCGGACUCCAGCGCCAGGCAGAGAGACAUGUACAAGGCACUGCUGACGCAGAGCACCGGCUUCAGUCUGCCACCUCAAGGUCCGGACUCUUCUUCCCAUCCUGCUCCAGUUCGUCCCUCGGUUCCAGCGACUCGUUCUACUCCUCAGAGAGCCGCUGCUGCAGAGUCGGCACAGACUGCUCAGACUAAAGCUGCUUUAAAACAGAUCAACGACGCCUUCACUCUGUAUAAGAAGGAGAAGGCAGAGAAUGACAGGAUGCUGAAUGAAACAAACGACCGGCUACAGAGGCAGCUGACAGAACUUCGCUCCAGUCAGGCCAAGCUCACCUCCCAGCUGGACUUCAGCAACAAGAGGUAUGAGAUGCUCCAGGAGGCGGUAGCAGCGUACCGCCGAGAGAUUUCUGCCCUGCAGGAGAGGAACCAAAAGAUGGCAGCAACGGCCCAACGGCACGAACACAUCAUCCACACAAUGAGCCAGGACCUGAGGCAGGCGAACGAGAAACUGGCGCUGGAAGAGGUGCGUGUGGAGAACCUGACUAAAGAGAGAGACAUGUUAAGGCAAGCAGAGAGUCGACUCAGUAGAGAGAAGGAAGCCAUGAUGGCUGAGCAACGUAACCAGAACCUGCUGCUCACCAACCUCAAGACUAUGCAGUUGACUAUGGAGCGUUCGGAGACGGACACUCGUCAACGACUCAACAACAAAAUAGAGAAACUGGAGGCAGAACUGGCUUCGAUGAAGACCAGACUGGACCAGGAGGUUGCACAGAGACAUACCCUCGGCCGCACUAUGGACGCUCAGUUGUUAGAAGCUAAGAAGCAGCUGGAGACCCAGAACACGCUGCAGCAGAAGACCAGGGAGCUGCUGCGUAGCUCUGAACAGCAGGUGGCUGCACUGAAAACUCAGCUGGCUUCUGCCUCGUCCUCUGAAGCCGUCACCACCUCCAGCAGCGUGACCAGCCCAGCCACCAGAGCUGCAGGCCUGCGAGCACCACUGAGAGUACGGUCUCCAGUACCAGCAAACUCCCAGCAGCCCAGCCAGUCAGAGCAGGAGCUGUCAGAGGUGAAAGGUCUCCUACGUAGCGCUGAGGAACAGAACAGUGAGCUAGCAGAGCAGCUGAAGAAUGCUAAUACUACUGUAGAGCAGUACAGAGCUGUGGUGCUGACUCUAGAGGACAGUCUGAAGAAAGAAAAGGAGAUGCGUUCCCCUCUGGAGGUCCGGCUGAAGGAGUCGGAGGAGGUGCAGAAGCAGCUGGAGAAGAGGAUUUUAGAGGUGGAGAAAAUGAAGCAGCAGGAGCAAGAGGAGAAAAGGAAAGCUGUGGACACAGUGGAGAAACAGGUGUCUGAGCUGCAGCGCAGUCUGAAGGCCAGUCAGGCCGAGCAGCAGGAGGCGCUAGAGAGAGCUGCUGCUGCUGUUACACUGGAGCAAAAGGCCAUACAGGACAGCCUGCUGCAGACUAAACUCGCUGGAGAGGCGCAGGCCAAGUAUGAGCGAGAGUUGAUGCUUCACGCUGCCGAUGUGGAGGCUCUGCAGGAGCUCAAAAAACGAUCCCAACAAGAAGCAACACGGAAGAGAGAGCUGGAGGAGGAAUUAAAGAAGACCUCCUCCCUCAUGCAAGACAAAACUGCAGCCUUAAACACAGUGGAGAAACAACUAAAGGAGGAUCUGUCCAAUCAGAGCCGUCGCUGUGAGGAGCUCGGGAAGCAGAAUGCUCUCCUGCACCAACAGAUGGAUGACAUGGCCACGAAGAGCCGCCAGCUGCAACAACAGCCGCAGCAGCUCGACCUGUCGUUCAGCGAGGAAGGGAAGACCACCGAACAGAUACUGGAAAUACUGAGGUUUGUGCGACGGGAGAAAGAGAUCGCUGUGGCUCGAUGUGACGCAUCAGAUGGUGAAACUCUUCGCUACAAACAGCGAGUUGAACAUCAAGACAGAGAACUGAAGGAGCUCCAGGAAGCUCUGAACGCUGAGAGGGAGAAGAUUCAGGCCUCAGCAAAGACUCUGGCCCAGCAGGAGGAGCAGCUGAAGAAGAUGGAGAGCAUCAGUGCUCUCCAAGAGACCAACAGGAUGCUGAAAAUGGACAGAAACAAGCUGGAGCAGGAGCUGCAGCAAGCUCAGGCUAAAGCGACGAAGCUGCAGUCGGACAUCAGCCCUCUGCAUCACUCUCUGUCUGUUCUGUCAGAGCAAAAUGGUGCCCUGCAGGCCGACAGGAGGCUUCUGGAGGAAGAUGUGAAACGGUUGAAGGCCAAAGUACAGCAACUGAUCAGCCAACAGAAAGACGGAGAUGCUGAGGAGAAGCAGAAACUCACCAAUGAGAGAGAAGCUCAGCAGAGACGAAUCACUCAGCUGGCUGAGGAGACGGCCAAGCUGAAGACUGAACUCGCCAGGUGCAAUGCCAGCAGUAACUCAGCUCAGUCUCAGCUGCAAGCCCUCAGAGACAACGUGGCCCGUCUGACGUCAGAAAGAGACACGCUGAAGAAAGACCUGGAAACGAAAAACACCGACAUCGUGGAGAAGAACAAGACCAUCACCCAGGUGAAGAAGAUUGGACGACGUUACAAGACCCAGUAUGAGGAGCUCAAAGUUCAGCAUGACAAGCUGGUUGACGAAAGCGCCACUAAAGCAGGAAGCGAGGCGGCUCCGGGUCAGGAGGUGCAGCAGGAGCUGAACAAAGCUCAGGAGGAGCUCAACAAGACCCGGGAGGAGCUGAACAAACUGAAAGAAGAGGUGCAGCAAAAACAGCAGGAGGCCCAGAAGUCCCAGCAAGAGUUGGAGGCAGCCCAGAAAGAAAACCAGCAGACCAAGGACAAGUUACAGGAAGUCCAGAACCAGCUGACACAGAACCAGAACCAGCUGACACAGGUCCAGUCCCAGUUGACCCAGACCCAGACUCAACUGCAGCAGAAUCAGAACCAGCUGACCCAGAGUCAGAAAGAGCUUCAACAAGCCAAGAGCCACACCCUGCAGGUACAGAACCAGUUCAAAUCUGCUCAGUCUCAAACUCUGGCCCGUCAGAACCAAAUCCAGCAGCUUCAGAGGGAGCUGCAGCAGGCUAAAGAGAACCUGCAGCAGAACCUGGCUAGUCAGAAAGAGCUACAGCAGACGCAGCAAAGCAGCCAACAGAGCCACGUCCAGGAAGUCAACAAUCUCAAGACAUCUCUGAGCCAAGCAGAGAGCAAAGUGACUGAGCUUCAAAGUCAGCUGGACAGUGUGCAAAAGACGGUUGCUGAGCGUGAAGCAGAUGUGAAGCGUCUGCAGGAGCAGCUAACCGAAGCUAACCAGGCUAAUGAAGCUAGCCGAGCUGCACAGGCCAACCAGAACCAGAGCACUCAGUCCAUCCAGGCCAGCGAGGCUAACGCCGCUAGCGACGCUAACCAGGCUCUGCAAGAGGAGCUGGCAAAACUCAGGCAGGAGCUGUCUGAGUGUAAGAGCAGAGAGGAGCAGCUCAAACAACAAAUGACUGACAAAGAGGAGAAGACCAAGAAGGCCUUCGUGGGAGCCAAGACCAAAAUCAACCAACUAAAUAGCGCUAAGGAGCAGCUCAGUCAGGAAAUAGAAGAACUGAAGCAGAACAAGGAGGAGAUGGAAGUGAGAAUGAACGCCCUCAAGUCUCAGUACGAAGGACGACUUCUUCGGCUGGACAGAGAACUGAGAGAGCUGAGAGAGACACAAACACACCCUGACUCCAGAGAAGAACCACAGGACCAGAGUGGAACAAAGGUGGGUGAUCAGGUGAGAUCUGCAGACCAGAGACAAAUCUCUUUGAAGAGUCCUGCUCAAGACCGGGGAAGCUCCAGCCUCUCUGAGCCUCCUACCGCCAACAUCCGGCCCACCCCGAGUACUCCGUCUCCUAGCAACAAGCCAAGCCCCUCCCCUGGUAGUAAGGCCACGCCUCGCGCCAGCAUCCGGCCUAUGGUUACCCCGGCGUCUCUAACCAUCCCAACACCUACAGCCACUGUGAUGCCGACGACGCAGACAGACAGCCAAGAGGUGCUGAUGAGUGCAGGAGCUUCUGUUCACUCUACCAGCUCCGGUCUGGUCAACACACCCACCUCCAUCACUCAACCAACCAGCACCCAGACCACAGCUUUCGUCCAGCCCACCCAGCAGCAGGCAGCCAAUCAGGACGCAGCGUCCAGCAUGGAGGCAGAGCGACCGUCUACGUCCUCCUCUCUGAUCGGUACAGCAGGUUCAAAGCGAAGCAGGGAGGAAGAGGAGGAGGAGGAAGAGGAGAGCAGACCAGAGAGUUCCCACACGACCACAAAAAAGCUGCGACUGAAACCGUCGAUAGAACUGCAGAUGGAAGGGGACGAAGAGAUAGACGGAGAUGAAGGCCAACAACAGGAUUCACCAGAUGACAGCCAGGAGCUCCCAGACGACAGUUUCCCCGUCUUGGCUGAAGACACCGAGGACAUGGAGGACGAAGGCGUGUCCCAGUCGGUCCCCUCCGAUCAAAUGUCCUCUCAGGGCCCCAUCAUAGUCCGAGACGUGAUCGUGAUCGAUACUGACAGCGAGAGUCGUGAGAGCAAAGAGGGAGAGGAGAGGCGGGAGGGCGACGGCGAAGAGGAAGAAGAUGAGGAAGAGGAGGACGAAGAAGAAGAAGAGGAGUACAAGGAGGAAGAGGACGACGACGAAGAGGACGAUGAUGCUGCCGACAGCGGGAUGAGAAUAGACGAGAGCAACGAGGAGAGCAGAGAAGCUGAAGAGGAGGGAGAAGACGAGGAACCAUCGGAAGGAAACAACGCCGAGGAGAACAUCUCUGGAGCUUCUUCAGGCUCCCAGCGUCCGUCUGAGGCGACGCACAGCGGUGAGAGCAGCGGUGGAGUCACAUCAGAGUCCGACCCUCCCAGAGACCCUCUACACAUCCCCCCAACCUCCUCCUCUGGACCCUCCCCUUCCUCGUCCGCCCUCACCCCCUGCCUCCCCCACACCCGUAGGCCUCCACACGCCCUCCCACCUCGACUCUACAUCCAACCUCCAGCACCUGAGCUGGGGCCUCCACACACACAGAGACAAUCCUCUCAGCUGCGCAGACCUUCAGCAGGACGUGGGCCUCAGUUAACACCUGGAAUCGGCAGUAUGCAGCCUUUCUUUGAUGACGAUGACAGAAUGGUUCCCAGUACUCCCACUCUGGUCGUCCCACACCGCACUGAUGGCUUCGCUGAGGCGAUACACUCUCCUCAGGUAGCAGGUUUGUCCACCAGGUUCAGGUUUGGACCUCCAGAAGAUCUGCUGCCUCAGACGUCAGCUUCACACUCUGACCUGGGACAGCUGGCCUCUCAAGGAGGUCUGGGAAUGUACGAGUCUCCUCUGUUCCUGGCUGCUCACGAUGAAGACGGAGGAGGAAGGAGUGUCCCCACCACACCGCUACAAGUAGCUGCACCAGUGACCGUCUUCACAGAGUCGCUGCCCUCAGACAGCGCUGACAACAUGGCCUCCCAGUCGGUUCCCAUGGUAACUGCCUCCACUGGGAUGGCCGCUGCAGCAGAUGAUGGAGACGAGGUCUUCAUGGAGCAGGAAGGAGACGGUCCUGGGAUUGAAUCUUCUCUGGAGAGCCAGACAGACAUGGAAUCAACAGGACAACAAAGUGACGACGCAUCGCUGCCGUCCACCAGCCAAGACGCUGACACCAGCAGCGUUACUCUGCGUCGCACUUUGGCCGGUCAGCCUCUGAUGAGCAGCCUGUCGAGUCGAGGAACCAGAGGAAGAGGAGAAACCAGGACGUUGCUCAGCCGCAGAGGAACCUUUUCCCGAGGAGGAAGAGGAGGAACCAUGGGCCGAGGGGGCGUCGCCUAAUGGUGACAUCACCGUUUGGACAUAAAAAAAUCUGCCUUUCAAAUUCAGUGCAUCAGUAAAUCAAAGUCAAUAAUCACACUAUUACAGCUUAGAUCUGACAGCUUUGUUUGUAUGUGAGCGCUUCUGAGACAUGAAAGGUCACACUGUUGGUGAAACUCACUGCUUGUUUUGUCGUUAUUUUCACGGGAGGCGUCUAAGUUUUGUAAUUUUUAGUUUUGCUUUUGUCUGUCAGCUGUUAAUACACGUUUUAAUAAUAAAGUGGAAUAUUGAGUAGCA